AUGUGUGACUCUGAUAGCGAUGUUGAGAUACUGGAUUUUGAAUAAGGACUUAAACUUUAAUAGAACACAAUAGAAAAUCUAGAGAAGGAACUUCAAGUAGAGGAUUUAAUUAUUUAAGAUUGUGAUCACAAAUAGCUCAUAUUACUAAUAAUAAAUAUAAGAGUUAUUAUCUGAAAAGAAUUCAAUCAAAAAAAGAGUAAAGGAAUUAGAAGAGUAGAACUUAUAGCUAGAAAAUAAUCUUUAAAAAUAAAAUUAGACUUAUCAGAGAACUAUUGAGGAACUAAACUUUGAGUCAUAGAAGAAUGAGGAGAAACUCAGAAAACAUCUAGAAAGUCUAAUGGAAUAACAGAAAUAAGAAUUUGAAAGAAUUUUAGAAAAAUAGAGUGAAUAGAUUAAUGAUUAUGUUAAAAAAUUGGAAAAUUAAGAGGAAGAGAAUAAUAUCAUAUAAAAUAAAUUAAUAGCUACUGAAUUAUUUAAUUGUAAAUUAUAAUCAAGUCUAAGUGAAUUAUAAAUGGAUAUUAAAACUAAAGCUGAAACUAGAAAAUGUGUUUAAUAAUUUAAUGAAAAAUUAAUGGGUGAAAAUAUUAAUAAUCUAAAUAAAAUAGAAUCACUUAGUAUGUAAGUUGAUGGACUUGAAGAAAAACUAUAGAAAUUAACUUAAUAAAGAGAUCAUUUUAAGAAAUAAUUUGUAGAUAUCUCAUAGAAAAUUCUAUAAUAUCAAUAAGAGAUAUCUUAAUCAAAUAAUAGUAUGAAUAUCUAAUCAAUAUUAUAUAGUAAAAUUAGAUUUGAAGAAUAAAUAUGAAAUAUGUUCAGAAUAAAUGAAGAAAUAUUAAUAAUUACUAAGGGAUUGUGUUGAUGAAAAUAAAAGAUUAAAGUAAAUUAUUGGAUAAUUUUAAUCAUAAAUUGAAGAUUCCAAAUAUAAAUCAGAUUUAUAUAUCAAAGAAAAUACUAAUCUAAAAAAUUAAUUAAGUAUAUGAAAUAUCAAAUUAGAUACUGUAUAAUAAUAUUAUAAAGAACAGAUUAACCAAUUAUAACUUACCUUGUCUAGUAAAGAUGCUUAGAUUUAGUAGUUGAGUGAACCUAAUAAAUUAACAAUCAAAAGAUUACAAAAAUAAAAUUAAUCUAUUCUAUCAAUAUAAUAAUAAGAAUAAGAGAAGAGAUAAUUAAUAGAAUAGAAAAUUAAAUCUUAAUAAUGA